UUUAAAGGCCCUCCCACCCAGUCGGUUGUGAGUGACUCGAUUGAUUUCUAUCAUAAACAGUGACCGCCGAAAACAUUAUUGGAGGUUCCACUAUGGACAAUAAUUCUACAAGAUAUAAUGUACAGUUAUAUAUUUACGAUUUAUCGAGGGGAAUGGCGCGCAACCUCAGUCCUAUCAUGCUGGGAAAGCAACUGGACGGUAUAUGGCACACAGCAAUAGUUGCGUAUGGAGAUGAGUUCUUUUUUGGAGGAGAAGGAAUCUCCAGUUGUUCACCUGGUGGGACAAUGCUGGGACCUCCAGACACAGUUGUGGAACUCGGUGAGACUGAAGUGUCAGAGGAAAUCUUCAUGGAAUAUCUCUCAUCCCUGGGAGAAAGCACUUACAGAGGUGACACGUAUCGGCUGUUUGAGCACAAUUGCAACACAUUCACCAACGAGGUUGCUCAGUUCCUAACUGGUGUGCCUAUCCCUUCCUACAUCACUGACCUCCCGUCCGAAGUCCUUGCCACACCAUUUGGCCAGAUAUUGCGGCCCAUUCUGGACUCCAUCCAUAUCGCCCCUCCUGGAGGCAAUGUCAUCAACGGAGGGAGAAACAUCUAAACUGAAGGAUCAACUCAUUCACUUCCACUGUAGUCAAAAAGCAAAGAGUCAGCAACUUACAUUUUGAUAGGUUCUUUUUUUUCACUUCUUUCACUCCCUUCACUAAGUAAAUCACUACAUUUUAGAAUUAAGAUCUCGUGCCAUACCCCUCUAAACUCAGAGGUUUCCCUAAUAGGAAGUUUGUCAGAAUAGGUAGGACCAGUGCCACAAAAAGAUGCAUUUCAAAAUCAAACUAUGAACUACAGUAUUUACUUACUAAGUUAUCCCCCUGGAAUCUAAGUUUGGCCAGGAGAGUAACAUUCUUCUUGGCCAGGAACUGUUUGGCCCCUAGAGCUUCCUAGAUGUCCAAGUGAAGCAGCCACAAGUUUUUCUGUCAAAACAUGUUGCACACUGUACAAAACAGCAAAAUCAUCUCAUAGAGGAUGAUCCCCGGAAAAUGUAAUGGAAGAAAAAUGUUAUUCGUAGUAACUGUAACCUAAAAAUAUGCCAUUUAAGAAACAAUUAUGGAAUUUUAAUUCAAAACUACGUCCUUUAGAUCCGUGGUCCCCAAUCUUUUUUGUACUACGGACCGGCAAUGUGCGGCAGAAAAAUAGAGUAGAUACAGUGCCCUGCAAAAGUAUUCGACCCCCUUGAACCUUGCAACCUUUCGCCACAUUUCAGGCUUCAAAC